GGGUGUCCCAAAAACCAGUAAGGAGGACAAGGCAUCCCUUAAAACUUCUCCUGGUCCUGCUGGCCAUGCUGACCUCAGCAUCCACUCUCCUCACUCCCAGGAUGCUCUGGGUCCUCUUGCUCUUGGCCACCUUCAGGAGUGCUCAGAGUGGAAACUGGGAUCACCCCAACUGCACCAGGGGUGUGGUUUCUGUGUUGCGGGGCAAGCCAGCCACGAUGACCUGCAGCAUCUCCAAUGCCUUCUCCCACAUCAACAUCUCCCUGCAAACGAACCCCAUGGCACCCUGGAAGCUCAUCUUCAGUGUAAAGGCCCCAGGAAACUUUAGCCAGGAUGGAUGGCAGCUCUGGAUUCGAGAGGGCGAGGCGCAUCUGGUGAUUGAAAAAGCCCAGGAAACCCAGGCAGGGCUGUACAAGUGGAAUCUGAAGGGGCGCCAGAGAAAUGUCGAAAUCACCACCCUGAACGUCUUAGGUCCGCAGAUGAGCAUAUUCCCUUUGGAUGUUAAUCCUGAACACAACAGCCCGACCCAGGAUUCACUUGCGGGGAAAGUUAUCUGUGCAUGGCUCUCAUCAAUCCCAUCCUCCCUUCGUCAGGACUGUGCUCCUCCCUAGGGCAGGAGUGCCACGCUGCAGUCAUGUGGGAGAGGCCCCAGUCUGGGGUCCUCAGCUGAUCAUGGACACGCUCUUGUCUUUGGAACAUGAAUAAGAACAAGUUUAAGGGACCUUCCAGGAAGCACUUGUGGAACCAAAAUGAGGCUAUCAGUGGCCUGAGAUGAUGGAUGAGGCCUCCUCCAACACCCCAAAAGGGUAGAGCAGCCCCUCUGGAUGGGAAGCUGGACAGGUGGAAUCUGUGUCCAACCUCCCUGGUCUUCCCCAGCCCUGGGGCUCCCCUCUCUACCACCUGCCCCACAUGCUGCCUCUUCCUGUUCCCAAACCGCAUCCCAAAUCAUAUAUGCCAGAUGUCUUUAUAAGCAAAACUGUACAACCCCACUGAGUGUAUUCUUUGUUGGUUUUUUUUUUUUGAAGGUGGUGUGGUACGUCUUUUUCUCUUCUUUUCCUCUUCUUUUCUCUUAUGAUUGGAUGACUUUAGUGAUGCGUUUGAAUUCCUUUUUCUUUUGUGUGUGUUUAUCUAUGAUAAUAGACUUUUGGUUUGUUGUGACCCUGAGAUUUUGAUACAGCAGUCUAUAUAUAUACGUGCAUGAUUGUUUUAAGUUGCUGAUCUCUUCCUUUCCAGUGCAUUUCAAAUAUGCUGCAUGUGCACUCUGCUCCUCUCAUGAUUACUGGUUUUGAUAUCAUGUUUGUGUGUGUGCAUGGCUUCCUACUCUUACUGUAUGUUUGCCUUUACUGGUGAGCCCUCCCAUUUCAUCCUUUUCUUGUUUCUCAUUGUGGUCUUUUCUUUUCAGCAUAGAGAAUUUCCUUUAAAGAUAGAGCUGCUUUGGUGCUUCAUUGUAUGUGUUUGUAAAAGGUACAUGUAAUGUGAUAAAAAGAAGGUUUUUCUAGAAGUGCUACUUUCAGUGCUUUGCAAAACGUCCAUAUUGCUCAUCCUCAAGAUGAGUCCACUAAACCUACUAGCAAAUCA